AUGGAAGAAUACGAAGAAGAUGAUCUUUUUAAAGAUCUUUAUGGAGAUGAAGAAACAGAGCAAAAACAAUCAAAUUACAUAGAAAUAGAGAAAAGUGCAGUGAAAGAGCCCAGCAAUGCCUCUAAAAAGCAAGAUAAAGCUUCUGAUAGUGUUUCAUCGAAAAUUGUAUCGCCUCUUUUGCAAGAAAAAAGUGUUUUAGAGGCGAUAGAGGGGGGGAAGAACGAACAGCAGUUUCAGGAUGUAGAAAAAGUGGGGUUAAGUGGCGUGGAUGAUAGUUUGUCUGCAGUAGAUGCACAAUUAUCAAAAUCUUCGGACCAAACACACUCUGACAUAAUAGGGUCUACUUUUCGAGAAGAUGGGUAUGUAAAAGUCAAUGAAGGCCUUGGAUAUAAGAAAAAUACUGAUAAUAUAUUUUAUAGGAAAAUGUUUAUUGGAGGUUUAAAUUGGGAAACCACUGAUGAGUCUCUUCGAGCAUAUUUCGAGCAAUUUGGAGAAGUUACCGAAUGUAAUGUCAUGAGAGACAGCUCUACAGGUCGAUCCAGAGGUUUUGGGUUCUUAACAUUCAAGGAUCCCAAGUGUGUGAAUACAGUUAUGGUAAAAGAACAUUAUCUUGACGGGAAAAUUAUUGAUCCAAAACGCGCAAUUCCUAGGGAAGAACAAGAGAAAACGGCUAAGAUGUUUGUAGGCGGCGUUUCACAAGAUUGUACAGAAGAUGAAUUUAGGGAAUUUUUUAGUGCUUUUGGAAGAGUUAUAGAUGCCACGUUAAUGAUUGAUAAAGAUACAGGGAGGCCUCGUGGAUUUGGAUUUGUAACAUUCGAAUCGGAUGCUGCAGUAGAAAAUGCCAUGUCACAGCCUUAUCUUGCGAUUCAUGAUAAACAGAUUGAAGUAAAGCGUGCUACACCUAAAGGAAAUAUAAAAGAACGUGUGAAUACGAAAGAAAAAGACAUGAGCGGAUGCAAUUAUCAACGAAAUUUUUAUGGUAAAAAUAAUGAUGGAUUCAGUUUCCCAAUGGAUCCACAAGUCAUGCAACAGUUUUACGGAGGCAUGUCACCUGCGGUUGUUGCGCAAUAUUAUCAAAGGAUGCAGGCAUAUAUGACUGCUAUGCAAACUAUGGGUCGAAGUAUGCAAAUUCCUACUGGAAUCGGCAUGGGUAGAGGUAUAAUACCAGGCAUGCCCACUAUGCCUGGUAUUCCUGGGAUGCCCGGUAUGGCGGGUAUACCAGGUUUUCCAAUAGGCAUGAAUAUGGGGCCAAUGAAUCCUAUGUUGGGUCAAAUAAAUGAAAGAACCAUCUCAACCACCUCAAAAAGAUAUUCAGAAGAGUGA